AUGGCGAACCUGGACAUAGACUUCACGCGGCGGAACAAGAAGCCGCGCCCGCUCAGCGACGCGGAGAAGAACAAGCUGGACGAGUUCAUCGACAACAUACAUUAUUCGUCGAGAUACAAUGACGACGAGUACGAGUACCGCCACGUGCAGCUCCCGAAGCAGAUGCUCAAGGCGAUACCGAAGGAGUAUUUUGACGGCUCGAGGGGGACGCUGAAGCUGCUUUGGGAGGACGAGUGGAGGGCGUUGGGGAUCACGCAGAGUCUGGGUUGGGAGCAUUAUGAGGUGCAUGAGCCGGAACCGCAUAUCUUGCUCUUCAAGUACGUGGACCUUUCUUUCGGCAUAUUCUCAAGGACGCGAGACCGCUGCUGCCUGGUUUCAGACACCUCGGCCACAGGACGCGCGUAG